ACCAGGAUGGCCCCUUUACAAGCAGCAAUGGGCCACGUACAGAGAAGGAGGAUUCAACAACCGCCAUCAAGUACCUCUCGCUCGUGAACCAACGGGACGCCUUCAUAUGUGGCACAGCGCCAGUCAUCUUCUUCCACAUGGACGGAGACUCACAGAAGAGAGAUCAUGAUCGGAAACAGGUCGUCAAGACAUUGGCGACACUUCCCGAUUAUCAACGGCCACAACCAAUCUUCUGUGAAGGACCUGAUUCGAUCCCUAUCAAGGAGACAGGAAUUGACUUACUCGCCUGUAAAGUCAUCAAUGACGAUUUAGAGAGACACAAUAACGUUGUUCCACUCGAGACACAUUGGUUUCUCAACUCGAAGCGUGCCCUGGCAGACUCUGGUCUUCCUACACCAAAAUGUGUCACCAUAACAGUCAAAGAUUUCCCUACAAAUGCGCAGUCAUGUUGCGCUAUUUGUAUAGGAAGUGGCCUUGACAGCUUCGUUAUUUCAGACGACUGUACUGGUACCAGGGGAACAUGGCUAAAAGAGCAGAGUCAGCGAAUAUACGGCGCACUCAAGUCUCACCCUCUUCCAUUCGUGCUCAAGAAUCAAGCAACCUUUGGUGGCGCAGGGACAUUCAUUGUAAAGACUGAGGAGCAACGCCAAAAGAUUAUUGAUGACUUGGGAAAGGGGUUUCUCAGUCGGUUACUCUCCUCCGUCAACGCAGACAACUCACAUCUCGAGCCUGCAACAAUGCUUCUGUCCGACAUGAUACAAAAUCCAAUUGGUGACUAUGGCAUCACGUUUUUCGUCAACAAGAAGGGUCGAGAACCGGUAUUUCUAGGAGUGUCCAAACAGAUGAUUCAAGAUGGUACAGCUUGGGUUGGAAGUACAAUCGACUACCGCCAACAGAACGAGUUGCGACUCAAAUUCGAAACGCUCACAAACCAGAUAUCAGAGUGGCUUCAGUCAUAUGGGUAUGUUGGUCCUGCAGGAGCAGAUGUCCUUGAGGACGCAGACGGCUUUCACGUGGUUGAUCUCAAUGUUCGCACAACAGGCUCUUGCUGUCUGCCGUUACUACGAAAACAUUUUACAAGCCGACAACUUUAUGUUGCUUCAGCUUUCUCUAUUGAUAUACAACAGCGUCGCGACGAGUUUCUGGGUAUGUUCAAGUCUGAGUUCCAAGAGGGUCGUAUGUGUGUCGUAAGCUGGUAUGAAGACCAAGACACGGGGAGCAGUUUAGCAGAGCUUGUUAUUGGAGGAGAAGAUGAUGAUGAGUUGAGAGAACUCAUGGAUCGUGUUAAUGAGACCUCGAAGAGUGUUACCUUUUAGCUUCAACUAAUAUGCUUCGAUAAUGUCGAUGGAUGAUAUGGGAAUGUACUAUCGCAAUUUGGGAAUGCCGUAUUUUAUCAGAUGC